CACAUGAGCGCGGGCGUCCGCGAUUCAUAGACGGCGGCGGACGCUCGUGAUGGUGGUUGGUGCUGCGCGUGGUGGCUAGGGAGAAAAAAAAAAAGUCCCGCCAAACCGUUGCUUGUGCCCGUCGCAUCUGGCCGUUUGGAUUAACCACCGUCGUUUGAUCUGCGUGUUGUGUUUCUGUGCUCCGCCCUGGAUUACACAACGAUGGUUGGACGGCGCAUACCCGGUUUAAGCUCUAUGCUUUGGGAUCGCCCAGGUAAUAACCACGACACCGUGCACGGCGGCGUUUUCCCAAAGCGUUGUCCCCGGGCCAUGGAUACUCACAGCGUUGCUCCACUCUUUGCAGCGCAAGCCGAGAAGAACAACUCGUUCGAAAAGAACUACCGCGUCGGCGCGCUUCUCGGCAAGGGAGGCUUCGGAACCGUCUACGCUGGCACCCGGAACCGCGACAACUUGGCGGUGGCCAUCAAGCAUGUAUCCCGGGACAAAGUGACCGAAUGGGGCACGAUCAGCGGUCAGAGGGUGCCGCUGGAAAUCGUGCUCCUGCGGCGUGUGGACCACGUUCCGGGCGUGAUCCGGCUGCUGGACUGGUACGAGCGUCCCGACUCGUUUAUUCUCAUCAUGGAGCGGCCCGAAGUGGUGAAGGACCUGUUCGACUACAUCACCGAAAAAGGCGUGCUCGAGGAGACGCUUUCGCGACUCUUCUUCAAGCAGAUAGUCCAGUGUGUGAUAGCGUGCCAUAAGGCGGGCGUCAUCCACCGCGACAUCAAGGACGAGAACAUUCUGGUCAACCUCAAGACCCUCUCGGUCAACCUCAUCGACUUCGGUUCCGGAGCCUUCCUUCGAGAGGGAUUCUACACGGACUUUGACGGCACCCGGGUGUACAGCCCUCCCGAGUGGAUCCAGCGCAGCCGGUACAACGGCCGCGCCGCCACCGUGUGGUCGCUGGGCAUCCUGCUGUACGACAUGGUGUGCGGCGACAUCCCCUUCGAGCAGGACGAGCAGAUCCUUCGCGCCGAGCUGCACUUCCGGCGGAAGUUGUCGCCCAUGUGCGAGGACCUGAUCCGCCGCUGCUUGGCGCUGGUGCCCGCGGAACGGCCCACCCUCGAGGAGAUUCUCGAGCACGAGUGGAUGGUCGCCGACGACCUCAACAGCACCGUCUCCGAGAACAUCCCCGUGCGCUGUGCGCGCGGCGAGCAGUCCUCGCUAGACCAGAACUCCACCGGAAGUCAAGACAGCAUCUGCAUUUGAUGAUCACGCCCCCUUUAGAGAGCACCAAUUCCUCAUUCUAGAGAGCCGCGGUUCAUCAUCAUCAUCACGGACGUUGCGUUCUGUUGGGAAGUGUGGACGAGUGUAGGCCCCCGCUGGCGAUAUGUGAGAGACAGGAGAGAAGCCCUAAUGUGCCGCUAAACAAGUCUUCCCGCUGAAUGGAGACGAGGAGACAGCUUUUUUCAUCAGUGCAAACACGCGCAUUUUGCGUGGCAAGAAUCUCUGCUCUGCCAAGUCUACGACUGCCUAGCGUGUGAAGGACUGGGGACCCUGUAUCUGUGUGCAUGUUUUUUUUUUUUUCUUCUUUGCGACGGACUUGAGUGCAGCGUCGUCUUUGAAGAGGUGCCCAUCUGUGCGUCUAGGGGCGAAGAAGCUAAGGGACUGCCUCCUUACUGCGUAGCUGUGAUAUGACAAAAAAGAUCCCUCCUUACCGGACGUCGCUGCCCGUGUGUGUCGCAAGCAGACCAGUCUUGUUGCACACUGCUGUGUUCCAUUCCCCAACUGCACGCAGUUGUUUGUUUCUGUCAUCAGUCCACCUGUAUUUAUUUUGAGAAUGUACAGAAUGAACCUUGCCUACCUUCCACCCGCCCUGUAAACAUUGCCCUUAUCCAUCAUCACAAGCAUUGUAAUCUGCCAUCCCAGACAUUUCAUGAGCAUAAACAAUGUACAUAUAUGCGCAUCACUUUCGCAAUUCUUGAUUUGCGGGUGUAGAAAACACCUGUCUCAUUUUUUGUUUUCAAAUGUAGAAUUGGUUGUCACGUGCGAGUCUGCUUAGUGGCAAGUGGUUUUGUUUUUAAGUUAUUUGUUUCCUCAUGUGGAAGAAAGGUGUGAGAGCGCCAUCCCAGCAGCUAUUCCUGUCUGCUCAGGUGUGCUCUCUCGCUUCCACUCCUGUUCCUCUUAUUUAUGUGUUCUUGGUUAAGUGUUUGUGUUGUCCUUCCAUGUCCUUUCGGAAAGCAUUGUGUACAUAGUUUGUACAGAAUAGUCGCGAACCGGGUAUUUUUAUAAAAAAAAUGCUGAAAAUAAACUUGUAUGUACGUUCUGCAG